ACACAUACACACAGUACAGGCCAAUCCCAAAUGUGUCAUAGAUACAAAAUGACCGUACAACAACUUGCCAUUUAAAGACAACAGCAGAUAAAGUGCUCAUGUGGGUUGCAGUAACAGAAGAACCACCCCCCACAUUGUUUUUCCUUUGUGCAUUCCACAGGGGGAUAAUGGUGCAUAUUAAUUAUGGACUGUAUAAUAAAGACGGACAGCCUGACAGCACCCCCAGGUUGAAGCUAAAACAUCUUGAUCGCCCCCUAGUGGCUGGCUGCAGUGUAGGUCAUGAACCCCACCCCCUCCAUGGCAGCUGAUGGGAUGUGGGCCAAACUUAAAAAGUCCAAGUACACAUGCACUGUUUGUCACCUUCCUUUUGCGUAAUUGGUCUGCAGCACAAAAAUCAGGCUCGUGCUAACCAAAAGCUUUAAAAGAAAAUUGACACUUACAGAGACAGAUCCUGCACACCUUCCUGCAGCCCCUCACUUCAAACUACAGUUGAGCUGUCAGCGAUGAAUCCAGCAGUUUACCCGCCUGAGGCUGUUCCAUUGCAGGGGGGGUAUGAUGGGCGCCUUGGACAGCCUGGGGGACAUUCAGUGGUUCAGCACACCACUGUGAACGUCACCACCGAACCCCCCAAGGACCACAUCAUCUGGUCCCUCUACAGCUUUGUCUACUCAAACUGCUUCUGCCUUGGACUGGCGGCUCUCAUCUUCUCCAUCAAGGCCAGAGACCGGAAGGUGGUUGGAGAUCUGGAGGGUGCCCGACACUACGGCUCCACUGCCCGCUGUCUCAACAUCACAGCUACAGUCCUGGCUUGCAUCAUGGUCCUUAUUUUCAUUAUUACAGUCACUGCUGUGUUUGUACAGAUUAAUUCGUAUCGCCCCUACUAUGGCUGAAUUUAAACAGUAUUAGAGCUGUCUGCUGCUGUGGCUUGGUGGUGUUUGUGGUCAUCUUUCUUAUGCUUAUGGCACAAUUUUUAACUUUUUAUAUCUUCUUACUCAUAUCCUCAAGCAGAAACGAUACAAAUUUUCAUUGGAUGUUACUAGAGUCUUAAAUGGAACUGAACCAUGUUUCCUUAACUGCUGUCUGCCGUCAAGUUUGAGUGCCAGACUGUGUUAUUAAAUUCCUGUCUGCGAGGUCUGUGACCUUGUUUCAAGAUUCAUUUGUCAAUAAAUGAAACUUUCACUUUUCUGUUUUACAA